GCACCGCCGGGCUGCGAGCGGCUGCAAGCGAGAAAGCCCUAGAGCCAAAGAGCCGGAGAGCGAGCGGCGGGCGCUUUGCCCCGCGCCUCCCCUCUGCCCCUGCGCGCACCUCGCCGACUUCUCUACCCUGCCCCGGCUCGACCUGACUCCUUCCCGGCGCGGUCGCAGCCCCGAGCUCCGGGGCAGCUCAGGCAGCCUCGGGAGGACUCUCCGGCGCGCCGCCGCGUCCCCAGACAAAGGCUUGGCCGGCGGCCCCGGCCCGCUGCGCCCUCGGCUCCCCGCCUCCCCGGCUUGCCGCUCGCUCUUCGCCCCCGCGUUUGGCUCGGUGCGUCCCGGCCGGCCGCAAAGUUUCCCCCGCGGCAGCGGCGGCUGAGCCUCGCUUUUAGCGAUGGCCGCGGAGCUGAGCAUGGGGCCAGAGCUGCCCACCAGCCCGCUGGCCAUGGAGUACGUCAACGACUUCGACCUUCUCAAGUUCGACGUGAAGAAGGAGCCACUGGGGCGUGCGGAGCGUCCCGGCCGGCCAUGCACACGCCUGCAGCCGGCUGGCUCGGUGUCAUCCACCCCGCUCAGCACACCGUGCAGCUCCGUGCCUUCUUCUCCCAGCUUCAGUCCGACCGAACAGAAGACCCAUCUCGAGGACCUGUACUGGAUGGCGAGCAACUACCAGCAGAUGAACCCCGAGGCACUCAACCUGACGCCCGAGGACGCGGUGGAGGCGCUCAUCGGUUCGCACCCAGUGCCCCAACCGCUGCAGAGCUUCGACGGCUUCCGUAGUGCGCACCACCAUCACCACCACCACCACCCUCAUCCGCACCACGGGUACCCAGGAGCCGGUGUGACUCACGAUGAGCUGGGCCCGCACGCUCACCCGCACCAUCACCACCACCACCAAGCGUCGCCCCCGCCGUCCAGCGCUGCCAGUCCGGCGCAACAGCUGCCCACUAGUCACCCGGGGCCGGGACCGCAUGCAGCAGCCGCGGCGACCGCUGCGGGAGGCAACGGUAGUGUGGAGGACCGCUUCUCUGACGACCAGCUGGUGUCCAUGUCCGUGCGUGAGCUGAACCGCCACCUGCGGGGCUUCACCAAGGACGAGGUGAUCCGCCUGAAGCAGAAGCGGCGGACCCUGAAGAACCGGGGCUACGCCCAGUCAUGCAGGUAUAAACGCGUCCAGCAGAAACAUCACCUGGAGAACGAGAAGACGCAGCUCAUUCAGCAGGUGGAGCAGCUUAAGCAGGAGGUGUCCCGGCUGGCCCGCGAGAGAGACGCCUACAAGGUCAAGUGCGAGAAACUCGCCAACUCCGGCUUCAGGGAGGCGGGCUCCACCAGCGACAGCCCCUCCUCUCCUGAGUUCUUUCUGUGAGUCCUGGCGGGUCCCGGCCCCCGCCCUUGCCCUGGCCCAGGCUCCCUAUCCUGUGCCCCUAGCCCUGGACUCCCUGUCCCUGCCAUGGCCCGCCCUUGACCUGUUUGACUCGAGCUAGAGGGAGGAAGGACGCGCGGGUCGCGGGAGCACGGGCGGGUAGAGCACCUUGGCUUAGAAGAGGGCAGCGCAGGGCAGCGCAGCCUCUUAGACUUGGGCAGAGUUAGAGAGACCGGGGCGGGUGGGAGGUCCGGAGUAACUUUUCUCCAAACUGAAAGGCCGCAAGGCAUAUUCUAAGGAGUCGCCAAGGCCGUCUGGACACUUCUGGCUCUGAGAACUUUGUGAGUGCCAGGGCCGCCGCUUUCAGCCCAGGACUCAGUUCGCCCCAGGAAAAGCAGAGGAGAGGAGAGGGACUCUGGAGUCCCCAUGGGCGCGAGGCAAGGCUGAGCUAAGGAAGGAAAAACAGACAGCUCUGUCUGUCCAGAGUAUGGAGAACACUGGCUCUCAGCCGGAGACGCGGGCCUCAGUUAGGACUUUCGGCGCGCGAAGGAAAAAAAAAUCAUCAAUUUUAAUGCCUGCUCGAUUAUAUAGAAAAAUACGAAAAUCUGCAUUAAAAAUAUUAAUCCUGCAUGCUGGACAUGUAUGGUAAUAAUUUCUAUUUUGUACCAUUUUCUUGUUUAACUUUAGCAUGUUGUUGAUCAUGAAUCAUAACCCUCUUGUUUCUUUGGGUGAGAAGGGAUUCAGUUCCUAACUCCUGCAGCUGCGAGCGAGCGAGCGGAGUUUCAGUCGCCGGCCGGCUUGUAAAUUACCCGCGCGGCCAAACCACAUUGAGAAGGUAGCAGCAAGCUGAGUCUUUGUUUGGGUUUAUUAUUAUGGCAUUUUUUUUGUUUGUAAGUAAAAAUAAAAGAAAGCAAAAAGACCCACUAAGCCCAACUUUGUCCGGGGAAUCCUUGCAAUUUGUCUCUUCGCUCCCCUCUUCCUUCCCACUUCAGUUUUGAGUUUUGUUGGCGUUGAGGGAAAGCUAAGGGAGAGACAGCUGCGGAGAUCCACACAGUGCAAGAGUGUGUCCUCUAUCACUGCCUGGUCUUGGGGUCAAAUUGGCACCACCACCCCCCCCCCACACACACACACAGAGAAGAAGAAAAAAAAGACCGGCUUGGGGUCAAAUUGACCCCCCCCCCCCACACACACACACAAACAAGAAGAAAAGAAAGACCGGAUUUGCAUCCUAAGAAGUCAACUUAGGGCUGGUUUGGAAUCCUCCAGAAUGGCGCUAAUUGCAAGCUCCCUCACCCCAGGGCUUAGGGUGAAAAGAUUUCUCCCACCUCUUGCUACGUGUCAAUGAUGAUCUGAGCUCCCAUUGAGCCAAAAGCCAUUCUUAGAAUGUACUAGAAACCCACACAUUGGCAACUAAUGCUGCAGCUCUCAAGUGCGUUCUUGUCCAACGCAUUAUGUGUUUUCUCUGCUGUCCGGAUAGCAGGGAGACUUAUUGAUGGUGUUCAACUCCCUUCCGUUGUACAGUAGUUAUAGGGGAGGUCUGGGUGUUUUUCUUUAUUGUUACUUUCAUUUCUGCGGGUCAGUAAAAGGAUUCAGUUGCACUGACAAAAAAAAAAUACCAAAAUGAAAGCGUACUUUAAAAAAAAUUCCCACCUGAAUUUGCUGGCGCUGCUGGCUGGAUGCUUUUUUUUGUUUGUUUGUUUUUGAGUUUGUAUUAGUUGAUAAAUUUGCAGUAAAUAACAAGAUUGUAUGAACCGCAUGGUGCUUGCAGUUUUAAAUAUUGUGGAUAUUCGUCCUGCAUUGGAAACGAGCUUUGGUUUUUACUGAUUCAACUGUGUUGAAAUCAAACUUGCCGCAACGCAACAGAAAUUGUUUUUAAUUUCAUGUAAAAUAAGGGAUCAAUUUCAACCCCCUGCUUAUGAUAUGAAAAUAUUAAAAUCUAGUCUUAUUGUAGUUUUAA